GUGGCGAAAUGAGGCCCCGGCGAAGCGGGCCGGCGGCGGCCUGCUCCUCGGUGUCGGUGGUGUUCCCGGGGGCUGUGAGUCGGGAGAGCUGCUGUCGAUUCGCCUGCGAGCUGCUCAAGCACGUCCUGCACCAGCGGCACCAGCUCCCGCUGCCCUACGAGCAGCUCGCUUACUUCUGCCGGCGUGCGGCGCAGGACGGAGAUGUGAUGAAGAAACCACCCUCCGUGAACCUGGCAAGCAAAAAGUGCCAGCAGGUGCUGAUGGAGCUGGAGGGAAUGCUUCAGCACUUGGAAGUCAUGUUUAGAUUGACAGUGGUUCCUCGGGUUCUUAUUCUGCUUGGAGGCAAUGUCAUGAACCCCAAGGAGCUGUACGAGCUCAACUUGGAGGGUAUAUGCGAGGGCAGCGCCGAGGAGAGCCUGAAAACUGCAUCCUGUGUUCGCAAGCUCUUUCACUCGCUCUUCAUUGCUGAUGUCUUCAGUGAACUUAAGACCCUCCCUGUCAUGGGCACUGUUGUUAUGGUCCAAGGACACCGCGAUUGUGGUGUUGAUUGGUUCCGGCCCAAGCUCAACUACAAAGUGCCGACCCGAGGGAGGCAACUAACUGUUAGCUUGUCCUGUGAUGGAGAUGUCCACACAAGUGACGCACCGGCUCAGCGUAUGACUUCCACUUGGGAGGACUAUGUCUGGUUUCAAGCACCAGUGACGCUCAAAGGCAUUCAUGAGUGA